CCAAUGUCGGUUGUUUAGAUACGCAUAUGGACCAGUUGACAUUGAACUACGUGAUCUGGAGCGCACUUGUUGUUUUUUUUCAUCCGUGCUCCUAUAAAAGCCCGGGGGCAACUGAAUUCAUGCUCAAAUUAUAUUUCUCGCACUCUCGGUUACUAUGAAAUCUUUGUUCGCGAAAUCUGUUGUAUUCUUCUUAGUACUUACGACAUCGAGAUGUGCUCCGGGACGGUUGGGUACCAUCGAUCGAUAUAAUCCAAGUUUCUCCUUGACGGACGACGGUGAUGAGGUGUACACGAUUGGUACGACCGAGUCGGAUGGUACAACGGAAGAUAAUACUUGGGAAUACGAUGGAGAUGACGCUACUGACGCGACCACGGACGAAAUACCUUUGGAAACUCCAGUGCCUCAUAUCGACCAGCUCGCCGGACAGGAUGAUACUACCAAAGGACAGUUCGUGUGCACGAACAAGACAGGCUGUUCCGAUCCCGCCGUGGACGUUGCGGGUCCAUAGUCAUCGCAUGCGGCGUACACUGCUGGCGAAUGAAAACUCGGCGAAUUGUUGUUAUUGUUGUUGAGUUUUUUUUUUGUUAUUUUAUUGAUCAUGAAUAUUAUAUUUUAUGUUUCGGAGAAUUACCUGUGAAAAUCGACGUCGAAAACCGUUUCAAAAAUGUUCACUUGGAAAACGUUUGUUUGUAUAGUAGGUAUAAUUAAUGACGUUUUCGACGGAUAAUCCGGAAACCAUAUUCUAUGCGUGAUAAGUAUUAUGUUGUAACUCGCAGGAACGAAAGAAAUAAUUAAAUUGUAUUAUAUAUUUUAUAGAA